AUGGCAGUUCAAGAUAAGGAUUUCCUCCAAUGGCCUAAGCCCAUGAAAGCAGAUGUAAGCCGGAGAGAUCCUGACAAGUACUGCCAAUACCAUUGCACCUAUGACCAUGACACCAACAGCUGCCACCAGCUAAUUAGUGAGAUCGAAAGGCUAAUCAAGAAGGGGCAUCUCCAAAACUUUGUGAAGAAACCUAAAGGGGAGAGGCCCCAGCAGAACACCACAGUAGAGAGGCCCCAUAGACAGGGGGCAGGGCCCGUGAAUGACGGCUCCAGCGGAACCGUGAAUAUGAUCAUGGGAGGGACUGGAGGUUGGAUGAGUAGAAGAGGAAGGAAGAGAAGCCGAAGUAGGGAGAGGAGCAGUAACGAAGUCUUGCAAGUGGUAGAGCAGUUCCCAGUGACCAUCUCUUUCUCCCCUGAAGAUGCUCAUGGCAUCCAAAUUUCUCAUGAUGAUGCUCUGGUCAUCGAGGCCGUCAUUCACAACUAUCGAGUCCGGAAGAUCCUAGUCGAUGAUGGGAGCAAGGUGAACUUGCUGCUCUACAGGGUUUUCCAGCAAAUAGGAAUACUAGAGGAGCAACUAGUAAGGGAUCAAGCCCCGAUGAAGGGGAUUCAAGGAACCCCAGUGGCCGUGGAAGGGAAGGUGAAGGUAGCCCUGACUUUGGGAAAAUUGCCCCUGUCUCAAACUCAUUAUGCAGUGUUAUUGGUGGUGAGACUCCUGUUAAGCUACAACACAAUCUUGGGAAGGCCUGUACUGUACGACUUUGAAGUGGUGACCAGCAUCAGAUACCUCGCCAUGAAAUUCCUAACUAAGGCAGAGGUGGGAGUAGUCCGGGGAUGA